CUGUACAGGUGGUAGGUACCUGGCUGGGAGUGUUUGGAUCAGGCAGCCGCCGGCCAGCCCGGGGAAGGGUCCUCGGCCUCGCCACCGGAAGCGGUUGCCCAGCGACGGCGAAGAUGGCGGGCGGCUCCACGUCGGCAGCGGGCUGCAGCUCCAGCCUGUCCAUGGAGUUUCUGGAGGGACUGACGGAGAUCGCGGAGCUGCAGGAAGCCUACGGCCAGCUGUGCAGUGAGGAGAAGGAAGUUGAAGCAGAACUUGAGGCUCUUUUUGGACAACAGAGCAGCCUGGAGGGUAAAAUGGUAGCUCUGCACCGGAUGGGUCCGAAUUUGCAGCUGAUUGAGGGGGAUGCCAAACAACUUGCGGGGAUGAUCACGUUUACAUGCAACCUGGCUGAAAACGUAAGCGGCAAAGUUCGACAGCUUGACCUAGCCAAGAAUCGGAUUUACCAGGCCAUUCAACGUGCAGAUGACAUCUUGGAUCUUAAAUUCUGCACUGAUGGAGUGCAGACAGCCCUGCGCAAUGAGGACUAUGAGCAGGCAGCUGCACAUAUCCAUCGCUACCUGUCACUCGACAAGUCUGUAAUUGAACUCAGCCGGCAGGGGAAGGAGGCUAAUGUCAUUGAUGCAAACCUCAACCUGUUGCAAGAGGCAGAGCAGCGGCUCAGAGUGAUUGUUGCUGAGAAGUUUGAUGUAGCCAUCGUGGAAGGUGACCUGCCACAGGUGGAGCGCUUCUUCAAGAUCUUUCCGUUGCUGGGAUUGCACGAAGAAGGCCUGAGCAAGUUCUCCGAGUACCUUUGUAAACAGAUUGCAAAAAAAGCUGAAGAAAACCUUCAAUUGGCACUGAGCACUGAGAUGAGUGAUCGCAGGGCAGCAGUUACCUUUGCUGAUACCCUCACACUGCUCUUCGAAGGGAUCGCUCGAAUAGUGGAGACUCACCAGCCGAUUGUUGAGACGUACUAUGGGCCUGGGCGGCUUUACACACUUAUAAAGUAUCUGCAGGUAGAGUGUGAUCGACAGGCUGAAAAGGUGGUGGACAAGUUCAAUCAGCAGAGGGAUUACCACAGAAAGUUCCAACGUGUGCAGAACAGUAUGAUGAGAAGUUUAACAAUGGACAAAAUAGAACCCAGGGAACUUGACACUAUUUUGGCAGAGGUUACUUUGAUGAAUGCUCGCGCAGAACUAUACCUGCGCUUUAUCAAAAGAAGGAUCACUGCUGAUUUUGAGGUUUGCGAUGCAGUAGCCUCGGAGGAAGUCAAACAAGAGCAUCAGAAGGCACUGGAUAAACUCUGUAACCUAUGCUUGCUGAGUCGGAAUAUGCAGGAACUGAUAGGAUAUUAUAUCACCAUGGAGGAGUACUUCAUGAGAGAGAUGGUCAACAAGGCUGUUGCAAUGGACGUCUGUGAGAAGGGCCAGUUGACGUCCAGCAUGGUGGAUGAUGUAUUCUUCAUUGUGAAGAAGAGCAUUGGCCGUGCUCUGGCAAGCUCCAAUAUCGACUGCCUGUGUGCUAUGAUCAACCAUUCCACCACUGUACUGGAGUCGGAUUUCAGGGAGGUGCUUUAUAACAAGCUGCAAAUGGGGUUCCCGGCUACAACCCUUCAGGAUAUACAGCGUGGUGUGACCAGUGCAGUGAACAUCAUGCAUUCCAGCCUGCAGCAGGGCAAAUUUGACACUAAGGGCAUUGAAAGUACAGAUGAAGCCAAGCAAUCCUUUCUGGUGACUCUGAACAAUGUGGAAAUGUGCAGUGAAAAUCUCCUGACCCUGAAAAAGAACCUGGAGAGUGACUGUACCAAGCUGUUCAGCCAAGGACUGGGAGCGGAAAUGGCACAAGCAAAGAUUGACAGCUGCCUAUCGGACCUGGCUGCGGUGUCCAACAAAUUUAAGGACCUCCUGCAGGAAGGCUUGGCAGAACUCAACGCCACAGCUAUCAAACCACAGCUGAAGCCCUGGAUAACCGGGUUCCUCUCCAUCUCCCAUAACAUUGAAGAGGAGGAGUUUAAUGAUUACGAGGCCAAUGAUCCCUGGGUCCAACAAUUUAUUCUCAACUUGGAGCAAUUAAUGGCAGAGUUCAAGGUUGGAUUGUCCCAAGUGAUCUACGAUAACCUCACCAGUCUGAUGACCAGCCUGAUCGCAAUUGAACUGGAGAAGGUGGUUCUCAAGUCCGUGUUCAGUCGGCUUGGUGGGUUGCAGUUUGACAAGGAGCUCCGUUCGCUAGUGGCUUACCUGACGUCAGUGAUCACCUGGACCAUCCGAGACAAGUUUGCCCGUCUGUCUCAGAUGGCAACGAUACUGAAUUUGGAACGGGUCACUGAGAUCUUGGAUUACUGGGGCCAAAACUCUGGGCCAUUAACCUGGCGUCUCACACCCGCCGAGGUGCGUCAGGUACUUGCCCUGCGGAACGACUUCCGCAGUGAGGACAUCAAGAGGCUUCGCUUGUAGACUCAGCCCCUGGACAGUCUUUAUAGAAUUGCUUGGGCAGUAAGACACAGACCCUCCUAUCUCCAGGUAGUGGAAGCUGAGCCUCAUCAAUAUGCAUUGAAAAUGGCUCCCACAUAUUUCUUCCCUUGAUAGGAGGUUCAUUGUGCAUUAUUUCACAGACUCCUUGAAUGUGUCAGCUUCAGUGCUUCUGGGAGGGUUCUACGACCAUGCACUUCCAUACUCUGCUAUGGAAAUAAAGGGGGUUACUCCACAAUACCUGCACUUUGCACUACAGGUUUUGCUUUAAGUUGCAGCUAAUAAGAGAGUUGGUUUGCUUUCCGAGUAUGAUUCCCACACUAUUCAGAGCAGCCUGUUACUUUGCUGAGUUUUCAGACUGAUCCCGCCCUGGGGCAUGUGACACUGUCUGAUCUUGUCUGGAUUAACAGAAGGACUCCAUCCAAAGUGAACACGUGACUAUCCAGCUCCUGGAUACUGUUCAGUGAAUCCUGUUGGAAAACGUAGGUGUGGGUUAAGUGCCUGAAGGUAAUGACUUGUCUGGUAGUGGUGGGAGAGCCUGCCAGUACCCAAUGUGGGUGAAGUACCAGAGAUCAGAGUGCAGCUUGGAAUGAGUCCAUUUCUGGAGUGGGACUUGAGCCCACCACCUCAAGAGAUCAGAGUGGUGUUUCGCCAUGGUUAAUUCACAACUCAGUCCAAUUAUACUAAUGGUUACAACAGGCAAGCUAUUAUCUGCAGAGCUGUCUGACAUUGAGAGAACUGUAUUUAACUCUUAAAUGCCAGGCACAGAUGAAGCCAGGUACAAAUGCAUUAACUUGGGUUAUUUAACAACUUGUGUGAUGACAUGUUGAACAUGAUCACGGUGAUCAGCAUUGAGCGGGCCCGCACUGUGUGGGCAUACUAUUCAAUGUGAAUUAUUUCAGAAUUAACUGGAAAAUGACUGCAAAGAUUCGGGUUGGAAAAUAUCCAUGGAGAGAAUUUGAUGGCAUUGACUGUAAAUGUUGACUCAAGGCUUUUCACUGUAACUCUUGUUAUACCCAACCACUACAGCAAUGGUGAGGUGCACCAUUAAAUAAGGGCAUUAAAAUCA